AUUUUUAUGUUGUGUUUCCCCGUCCUCAGGUUUUAUAUUGUCUUACCACGGGAACGGCAACGACAAAUAAUUUCAGUGUUUACGAAUUCCGCGUGUGUGUGUACGUGCAUUCCUCCCAUUUUUACGCUUCGCAAACUUUAAGCCGAUGGACAUUUAUUUACUAAUUUCAUCCCGUGAUUAAAAUGAAUUUUGUGGUGAAUAUCGAGUUUAAAAAAUCACAAAAUGGAAUUUGAGAGCAAAAUAUAUUUACCGUCACACGAUGAAGUCAACGUCAGAGACUACUUGAACAGAUACAUAGAGCGGGAAUUCCCGACGAACGGAGAUGAAACGACGAUCUACAGCGUGCCCAGAACGUUCAAGAAGUCGGGUGAGAAACAGGCCAUUCACGCCGAAGAACGGAUCUUCGAAAGGCUGCAGGGAAUCGGGGAGGAUGUGAACGGCGUUUGGCUGACGUUCUUCCACAGUGCCGUUUACGCCGGACACUCGUUUCGCAACCAACGCGACGGGAAGCUCAUGAUACGCGAACACGAUUUCGUUGUGUUCGCCAAAUAUCAGGGAAAGACGUACGUGUGCCUUUUGGAAGUGAAAUCCACCACGGAGAUAAACUCAAAACACGCCUUGGAGAAAACCUCCGACGCCAAACUGAUAAAAAACAACAAACGCUCAGCCCAACAUCAGCUGCGCGACCACCUGGAAGUGCUGGAACAACUGAUCGGCGUUGAUUCCAAGGAGCACAACAUCCAAACGUACAUCAUGUGGCCGUUCCUCGGCCCGUACACCAAAGACCCGAAACAGCAAGUGAUCAAACGGUGGAAGGAAGACGGUGACCUGCACGUUUUCGAAGACGUGCUGUCGAACCAGCAGAAAUUCAACGUGUGGUUUCGGGAGACGGUUUUCAGCAAAGGGGACGUGGACCUGAAGUAUUUCGAAACGCUGUUCAAUAGAUUUGUAAUACUAAGCUGCGGGGUUUUCGUUAAUGAAAUUCACGAGGACAUGAUCGCAUUGCUCACGCAGGAACAACUGCAACUGCUCAAACACAAGGAAUGCAACGCACAAGAAGCAGGACCUCUUGUGGUUCACGGAGCUGCAGGAACGGGAAAGACUCUCCUGGUUUUAAAGAAACUAGAAGAGUUGUACUUUACUGGCAGACUUAAUGAGGAGAACAGGGCUUUGGUGAUUUUCUACUGGCCCGGAAUUAGAUUCGACACUGACAUCAAACUCGAGAAACUGGGACUGAAAAAAUUUGUUGAUACCACUCGUUUCUACAUUUCUAUGGACGAUUUUCUGCAAAACAACGUAAACAAAUACAAGCACAUAUUCAUGGACGAGACUGAGGCUUUAUGUUUGGCAUUUGAUCAUCAGGUGAUAAUAAAUACUUUGACGGCUGUGUACAAAUGUUACCACGACGGUAACUGCAAAGAAAUGAAUUGUAAAUUUUCAAAUCUAAGAGACGACCUCGACAUGAAAAGCAUGAUAAGACAGCACAGUAAUAUAUUCUGGGGCGACAUGUGGUUUAUGGUGGACACCAAUCAAGCCUCAUUAUUUCUACCUAAACACUCGCCUGAAAUGUUGAAAACUCCGUCAAUAAUCCUCAGCAAAGUGAUGCGCACAACCGGUUACAUUUUCAACGUGUUCAAAAAGUUCUACAGCAAACCAAUGCCGAUGUUACCUCCCUCUUUGUUAGCCAACAUCAAAAUUCCCAACAUAGAAAUCGGCCACGACAUAAUCGGCCCCCCAAUUUACUGGUUGCAAACCGAAGGUGGCAUCGACAAAAACAUAGCCAACGUGGUAAUUGACUUAUGCUCCACCAAAGGCUUCAAACCCAACGACAUAAGUGUGUUACCGUUUAUGGCUGGAGAAAACGUGACGCCGGCCAGAAUCAACGAGCACAUCGACAAACACUUCGUCGAAAACGGCUACAGGCCAAACGCCGUACAGGACAUCGAGUACUUCAUCCAGCGCAAAGAACCCAACGACUUCCUCGUCAUUUGGCCCCUUAGAGUCAAAGGGUUGGAGUUUAAGGUUGUGAUAAUGCCGAUCGACGAUGAGGAUUUCGACGCCAAGGACGCGGAAGAUUUGAAGAAGGCUUACAUCAUUGCCUCGAGAUGCACCUGUUUACUGAUCAUAAUUAGUAAUCAAGAAAUUAGGAAUGACAUGCAAUUAAACAAUAUGUCCAAAACGUAUCCGUUCCAUCUUAAAUUGAGUCAAGAGAAUUCUUUCUUAAAUUCAUCUAUCAAAGCUAUAUAAACGUUAGUAUUAUGUUUUUGUUAAUUUCACAGCUUUGUCUAUAGUUAAUAUAUGAUGUUAAUAAUUACUGAUUAUUACAAAUAAAUUAAUAUUAAUAAACUUCAGUUAUUUCAGUAUACUUCAACCUAACUUCUACAUGAAGUUGUUAUGCUAAUUUUGAAAGAUGUGUCAAAGCCAAAAUUGUAGUUUGAGUACCAUUUAAAUAAAACUUAACAUUUUCCCCAUAAAAUUAUGGAAAACCAACGAAAAUAAUUCAUUUUAAUUUAAUUAAUUCAUUUCUACUGGGGGAAGUUCAAAAAGAUACCAUUAAUGUCGAUAACUUUAGAUUUUACCGAAUUACUGAAGUUUCCGUUGAAAGUCGCAGCCUUCACCGUUUACUAUCCGACAAAAGCAUGCAUAACGUUACUGUUCCUCUUAGUCAUCCCCAUAAAAUUGUUUUUCACCCCUUUCUAUGUCAUAUACUACAUACUCACGUUGCCAUUGCGAAUUAUUCUGGCCAUACUUAAGCUACUGGUGCUUAUCGUUGUACUUACAUACGUGUGUCCGAACGUUACAUUGGAUUUUCUUCGUUUUUUAAUGACAUGGGGUGCAGGAGGUAGGACGAAUUCGUCGGUGGAGACACCGGCGCUUGAGUGUCAUCAGAGGGGGCGACAAAAUGAAGACAGGCACAGAAUUUCUAUGUAAAGACUGCACCUGUUUAUAAUUUGAUGAUUGUACCGAGGUUAUUUUAAAAGAUUAAUAAUAAAUACGCAGGUUUGUUUUAGUUAA